ACUCCAAAUAAUUACUCCUCUUAACAAAAACCCUAAUCUUUUAUCAUUGCUUUAUUUCCUAUUGAUUUUGGGUAAAAAUGCAUGUUUGCAUUGUAUUGCAACCUUCUUUUUUUGUUUGAAUGUGUACAAAGUGUGUAACUUUGGCACCCAAGUGUGUUGGCCUAGUGUCAAUGAUUUUGGGUUGAGAACCAGUAGAGACAAAAAAUUACUACUCCCUUCGUUCCAAUUUAUAUGGGCACCAUUUGAUUGGACACGUAAUUUAAGAAAAAAAGGAAUACUUUUGAAAUUUGUUGUCCAGAACAAGCCUUAGGUAAAUGUGUGGCUAUAAAUCUAUCUCAUAAAGUUAAAUUAUUUUUAAAUAUAUAAAGGUGAUUUUUUUUGGGGACAAACUAAAAGGACAGAGGGAGUAGGUGAUUUCUUCACAUCUGUCCAGCUUUAGUUGACGGAGUUAUCCCGUACUUGUGCUGGUGGUAGUUAGCAGGUACCCCUGUGGAAUUGGUGGAGGUGCGGAAGCAUGCUCGGACACCACGGUUAUAAAAAGAAAAAAUAAUGUGUAACUUGGUGUUCAAUUGGACAUUACACUGAUUAUUAUGCAAUUAGUUCUUUCAAUAUUUUUGGAAACAACCUCUCUUGCCUCUCAAGUUAGAAUUUCCAGACAGUUUGAGCCAAAAAUAGAAGCAGCUCUGAUAUGGCUUAUGGCGGCACAAAUGUCAUUCCAUUGGCAGCAACAGGUGGCUCAACAGUGAGGCAGGUGAAGCUGGAUAAAGAAUGUGAGCUCCGAAUUGAAUCGAGCGCUGACUCGCCCCUACGUCUUCGGCUCCUGACUGGCACUGCUGAGAUUUUUGGGACUGAAGUCCCUCCUGGAAUCUGGCUCAACUUCCCUCCAAGACUAAAAUUUGCGGUUUUUACUUGGUAUGGAGCCACAAUUGAGAUGGACGGUCCCACUGAAACUGAUUAUACAGCAGAUGAGACACCGAUGAUAAGCUAUAUAAAUGUCCAUGCUGUACUUGAUGGACGAAGAAAUCGUGCCAAAGCUUCGCCUAGUGAUUCUGAUACUUCUCAGGGCCCAAGGGUUGUCGUCGUGGGACCAACAGAUUCUGGCAAGAGUACUUUGUCACGGAUGCUUCUUAGUUGGGCUGCGAAACAGGGAUGGAAACCUACUUUUGUGGAUUUGGACAUAGGUCAAGGAUCGAUAACUAUUCCAGGAUGUAUUGCUGCUACACCAAUUGAGUUGCCUCUUGAUCCAGUUGAAGGAAUUCCACUUGAAAUGCCUAUGGUCUACUUCUUUGGCCAUGUGACUCCUAGUGCCAACGUAGAUCACUACAAGGUACUCGUCAAGGAGCUAUCGCAGACUCUGGAGAAGCAAUUUUCUGGUAAUGCUGAAUCUCGAGCUUCAGGCAUGGUAAUAAAUACAAUGGGAUGGAUAGAGGGAGUUGGUUAUGAGUUGCUACUACAUGCGAUUGAUACGUUCAACGCCACAGUUGUUCUUGUCUUGGGUCAGGAAAAACUUUGUAGCAUGCUAAAAGAUGUAUUGAAGAAUCGGCCUAACGUGGAUGUGGUGAAACUUCAAAAAUCCGGUGGUGUUGUAUCAAGGAAUGCAAAAGUACGGCAGAAAGCAAGGGGCUACAGAAUACGGGAGUAUUUUUAUGGCCCUUCAAAUGACCUUUCACCACAUUCUAAUGUAGUAAGCUUCAGUGACUUGUUCAUCUACCGGAUUGGAGGUGGACCACAGGCUCCACGCUCAGCUUUACCUAUUGGUGCAGUGCCUGCAGCAGAUCCUACAAGAUUGGUUCCAGUUAAUGUCAACCAAGACUUGCUCCAUUUGGUUCUUGCUGUCUCAUAUGCCAAAGAACAAGAUCAAAUAAUAUCCAGUAAUGUUGCUGGAUUCAUCUAUGUAACUGACAUAGACAUGCACAGGAAAAAGAUAACAUACCUUGCACCAUGUGCCGGGGAACUUCCGAGCAAAUAUCUAAUUGUGGGAACCUUAACAUGGAUCGAAAACUGAAGUGUAUAAGUGCAGUAGCCAGUGGUUUUUUCGGUCUUUGAGUUUUGUGCGACAGCAUGGAAAUGCCCACUAAGCUUUUGGUGUUGUAGAAAUGCAGUAGGCUUUUCAGUGUGUGACUGUAUAAUACUACUAUACCAUAGGUGAAGCUUGAUGAAGAAAAAUCCGAUUGUACAAAUAACAAUAGCUCCUCAUCUAAAGUUAUAAACUUAUUUGGCAGAAACAUUUUGACA